AUGGAUUCUGACUUAGAAAAUCCUCCAUCUCUCAAGAAUCUUAUUGAGCAACUGAAGUCAUACACUAAUGCUUCAAAUGCUUUGAUAAGUUCUUUCAACGUGUUACUAGAGAAAUCAGAUAUGGAAGAAAGGUUCAGUGAACCUAUGGUGAUGAUUGGGAUUUAUAUCGCCGUUGCAUCACUCUUUUGUAUCCUGCCACCGCUGGCAGAUUUAGUGCACGGGUUGAGGACAAAAAAAUUUUGGUUUCCAAAUAAAUAUUUCACUAUGAAUAUUGCUUCUUUUUCUGCACUAGGAGUUGCAACCAAGCUACCAGUUGAUUUGAGCAGUCCAAUGCCAGGUGUUGUAGACCAAUUUACAAAACUUGGAAACAUGGCGUUUAUGUGUGCCAUGAUGGCCAACUUAUUGCCUGCGCUAGCAUCCAUGAGCAACAAGGCACUUAUUGCAAACAUCAUAGGUUUGGGUGUUAUAGUAAUCACCAUGGUUGUGAAUGUUUGCAUUGAAAUAAAAACUGGCAAUGUAAAAAAGUACUGUAAGUUCAUAGCAAUCAUUUAUGUGGUUGUACUUUUGAUGGUGCUGGUAAUACAUGCAUGUACAUCUUUAGCCAUUCUAAAGUGCAAACAGAUACUUGAACUGAAGUACCAAGCAGCUCAUGAGUCAGCUUUAAACGAGCAAGAGCUUCAACAAGGAAGAUCAACUGUUGAGAAGCUUAAGAAGCAAGUUAAAAAGUACUGGAUCAUGGCAGAAACCAGCCAUCCCCAGUUCCUGACAGCUUGUUCUGUAACAAGCUGUGCUUCGGGGGUAUUAUCGGUUAUCAGCACUCUCUUACACGCUUGGCUUAUGCUUAUCGCUGUUGAAUAUUGGAUGGACUUUAAGUCAGCUUAUAAGUGGUCCAUGUUGGUGAUUCUAAUAACACAGUUUAUCGGAUCCUUGGUGGGUACCAUUGCCCCACUUUGUAGAUCUUUUGCAACAUUAAGCUAUAAGCUGUCCGUGAAAUGGAUGUGGAAAAAAAUGAAGCAGCACCACCAAACAAAUGAAAAUUUUAGCAAUUAUGUUUUGCAACUCGAAGAUGACACGGAGAUUGCUGAGGGAACAUUAAAAAGGAUUUCCAACUCCUACGACCACUGGAUCAAGAAAGCUGAAAAACGACAACCAAAGAAUCUGAUGAAGCUUCUUGUGGAAUCUGAAGGUUUCGGAGAAGUUGAAAAGUAUUACAAAAUUCAUCAAGUUCGGCGUUUAGUUUUAGAUGAACAUGAACCACUCAUUUGUUGGAGCUUAUCAUUGGUAACCCUUGCAAGCAUAGCCAUCUCUCUCACUAACAUCCAACAAAACUUAGUUGAUCGCUUGAUGCAUGGUUUGAAGGAAGGUAUGGUAUACGUCAAACUUGUGGAGGAAAGCCUCAACCCUACUGAUGACCAUGCAACUAUUCAAAAGGCGGCAAAAACGUUGUUGGUAGAUGUCGAAGUCUUCGAGAGUUGGUUAGGAAACAAGCUCCAACGACGUGCUCCUCAAGGAAAUACAGUACGACAUAUUCUUGAAUGGUUGAUGGAUACCAGUAAAAACAUGGUCAAUGAGGUGGAAAUUACCGAUGAUAUAUCCAGAUACAAAUUUAUUUGUUCUAAUGCAAUGUCUUGUGUCACAGAAACAAUACUGCUUGACUACCACGCUGACAUUGACCAGAUCAACCAAGAGAGACUAUUUGAAACAAUAUCAUCACUGAUCGCUGGCAUACUGGCUGCGUGUCUCUCUAACUUACCCGAUGUCAUAGAAUUGAAAAGCAACUCAAAUGCAAUUGAGAAAAGGUAUGCAAGUGUCUAUGAGGCAGCCCAACUUCUAGGCGAGACAACACUCAUAAUUAACACCCUUGAAGAUCGUGAACUUACAAGAUUGAAUGUUGUUGCCUAG